AUGAUCCCCAAGGAGCAGAAGGGGCCCGUGAUGGCUGCCAUGGGGGACCUCGCUGGACCAGUCCCUCUGCUGGACCUGGGCAAGAAGCUGAGCGUGCCCCAGGACCUGAUGAUGGAGGAGCUCUCGCUCCGCAACAACCGAGGGUCCCUCCUCUUCCAGAAGAGGCAGCGCCGUGUGCAGAAGUUCACCUUUGAGUUUGCAGCCGGCCAGCGGGCGAUCGUGGCUGGAAGCGCUAAGGGGAAGGUGACUGGAGCGGCAGAGCCCGGGACGGUUGCCAACGGCCCCGAAGGGCAGAACUACCGCUCGGAGCUCCACAUCCUCCCGGCCUCGUCCGGGGGUCCCGAGGACGCCCAGCCCGCAGCCUCCCGGGCGGAGACCGCCCGCAGCCCCAGCGCCCUGGCGCCAGGCUACGCGGAGCCACUGAAGGGCGUCCCGCCGGAGAAGUUCAACCGCACGGCCAUCCCCAAGGGCUACCGCUGCCCGUGGCAGGAGUUCAUCAGCUACCGGGACUACCAGAGCGACGGCCCACGUCACACCCCCAGCCCGGCCGAGUAUCGGAAUUUCAACAAGACCCCGGUGCCCUUCGGAGGGCCCCUGGUGGGGGAGGCCGUUCCCAGGGCGGGCACCCCCUUCAUCCCGGAGCUCGCCAGUGGCCUGGAACUCCUCAGCCUGAGACCCAGCUUCAACAGAGUGGCCCGGGGCUGGGUCCGCAACCUCCCGGAGUCCGAGGAGCUGUAGCCCCAGCCUGAAUCUUCAAUUCCCCAGUCUCAGAGUUCGGGUAACAUCUGGAGGCAAGACUUACGGACAGCACUUCACAUACAAAACCCACUGCAAAUGGCCUCAAAGGCCGCAAAGUUCAGUAGUCCCCAAAUGUGGUGUGCUUCAAAAUUACCUGGGGAUGUUAUUUUUAACACAAAUCUCUGUCCCGCCCCAGACAUGCAGUGUCAGAAAGCCCUGAGCUGGGGAGGCUCUGAGGAGCACCAGUACUCCCAGGUGAUUCCAGUGUCCUGGUCUGUGUCUUUAGGAAGCCCAACCACUGCUGAAUUCACAUCCUGCCUCCACUCCUCCCUGCUCCUGUGCUCCAGCUUACAAUCCCCAGUGACUGCGAGCUCACUAGCUGCCCAUUUGCCUGUGAAUAACUCUGAUAAUGAGAAAGUUUUUCGUUUUUCUGAGAUGCAGUUGGUCUUUAUCUACUCAUGCUGUAAACAUUUACAAAGCACCUACUGUGUGCUAGAUGCUGUGCCAGCCCCAGGAAGAGUGUGUGGUGAAUAAGCCCAGGCCCUGGCCUAGAGGAGGAGAAGACAGAUUUGUAAAGCAGGAGAUCUUAAUUUUUCCCUAAAGCAUGCUAACUGACAAUUGAACAAAGCCCCAUGAGGCAGAGGAGGGGGCCUCUCACCCUGGGUGUGGGGUGGGAUUCUGGGAAGCUUCCCAGAGGACUUGAGUGGGACCUCAGGGGAGGAGUGAGUCCAUCAAGGGAAGAGGGUGUGAUGGGGAGGGCAUUGCUGGCGAGCGGACCAGCCCAUGCAAAGGUGCAGAACUGUCAUAGGUGCAGGGUGUUCUGGAGAAGGGAGAGGGCAAUGUUAGAGGAGCCAGCGACUCCUCAGAGGGCACAAGUGGGGCGGGGCUGUACUAAGGAAAUGGGGGAGGUUCUUCAGCUGGGGAGGGAGGUUGCCAUGUGAGGCACAGAUUGGAAAGGAAUAAGGCCAGGAGCCAGGAAGCCUUCAAGGAACAAGGCCUGGACUAGGGAGGUGGCCAUGGGCAUGGGAAGAAGGGGCACCCCUGUGGGCACCUUACAGGACAGGUGCAAAGUGGGGCGCUUCUAAGGACUCCUUCUUUUCACCUCCUUCCGCUCACCAUUCUGAGCAGGCCCCAGGGUAGAUCUUGUCCUGGUCCCUGCAGGAGUAGCUCGGGGCUCUACUCCGGCUCACUAGGAAGAGGAGAGAAAGGAAUGCCUCUUAGUUCAAGUGAUGGUGAUGGUGGUGGUGAUGGUGAUGGUGGUGAUAGUGAUGGUGAUGGUGAUGGUGAUGGUGAUGAUGAUGAUGGUGAUGGUGAUGGUGAUGAUGAUGAUGAUGAUGAUGAUGGUGAUGGUGAUGAUGGUGAUGGUGAUGGUGAUGACGAUGACGAUGAUGGUGAUGAUGGCUGCUUUUUAUUGGGUGCCUCAGUGCUAGGGCUGGUAGUAGGUUCUCUACAUAUCCUAUUUCUAAUUUUCAGUGCAAACCUGAGAAAAAAGUGUUGUCCCAUUUUACAGAUGUGGAUAUCCAGGCUCAAAAGGGGAAAGUGACUUGUCCAGGGACAGAGCCAAAUGGGAAUCUGCCCGAUUCCAGUGGAUGUCUCUUUUCACUUUACUGACUGGCCACACCGGUGCCCACUCACUCUGGAAUCUCCUUGCCAUGGUGCCCUGCCUUAGAGUUUAGAUGUUAAGAGUGCAGGCUGGGGAGUCAGAAUGGAUGGGAUGGGUUCUAACUGCUAGCCGUGUGAACUUGAGCAAGUUGUUUCUUGUCGGUGGGCCUGUUUCUCCACCUGUGAGAUGAGAACAACAGUGGAAGCCCUGUAUAGAGUUGUGAGCACAGGGACGGACACAUGCAUAGUAAGCGCUCAGUCACUGUUAGAGUUCAUGCAACUGCUACUCUUGACUGGAAAAGAUGUUCUUGCAGUGGAUGCAGCCUGAGAAUCAGGCCGCCAGGAUGUCACUGGGGGUCAGUCAAGCUGAAACACGAAGAAAAGCCUCUGAUCACUGGAGGGCUCCCUUUGGAUACGAAUUACCUCCUUCCCCUGCCUCCCUCUGCCUCCUGCCUGACUCCUUCUCUUGGGAAGAUGAGAAGGUGAGGAAUCUAGCUGGUUCCCAGGGUGCAUGGGAUAGUAGUUGCAUUUUCCUUUUGCUCUGGGGUUUCACUGUGCCCCACACAGCCUCAAGGGGCCAGCAGCUUAAAAUUGCUUGCGAUCAAUGUAUUGUCUUGAAUUUGGGAGCUGCUGUUUAAAGCCAUGCUUUCAUGAGCUGAAAACCAACCAUGAAACUGUCUGAAACAUAGAAGAGAGGACUCGGUCUGCCUUGGGUUGGCUCUGCUGUGCUCUGGAGGGUCAUGGCAGCUGCCAGGUACAGAUGAAGAGAGCCUGCUGGGGAGCCUGCUGCACCCCAAAGCAAAUCCUCUUCCUUUCUUCUGAUAAUGUGACUU